AGCCAUCCUUAGCUGAUCCAAACUAAUUUUUCUUUUGUUAUAUACUUUCUUCUUCAGUCACUCUACCACUCUUAAACCCUAGCAUUCCAAAACGCCUGUCUUCUCACACACACAACAAUGGAAGAUGUAUGUGAAGGCAAAGAUUUCUCAUUCCCAAAUCAAGAAGAAACAAUCCUUAAAAGGUGGGAACAAGUUAAAGCCUUCGAAACACAGCUCAAAAAAACUGAAAACCAACCCGAAUACAUUUUCUACGAUGGGCCACCAUUUGCAACAGGUUUACCACAUUAUGGCCAUAUAUUAGCUGGUACAAUUAAAGAUAUUGUGACCCGAUAUCAAUCAAUGACGGGUCAUCAUGUGACCCGAAGAUUUGGUUGGGAUUGUCAUGGAUUACCAGUUGAACAUGAGAUUGAUGAGAAACUUGGGAUUAAAACUAAACAACAAGUGUUUGAUAUGGGUAUUGAUAAGUAUAAUGAGGAAUGUAGAGCUAUUGUUACUAGGUAUGUUGGUGAAUGGGAGAAGACUGUUGUGAGAAUGGGGAGAUGGAUUGAUUUUAAGAAUGGGUAUAAAACUAUGGAUUUGGGGUUUAUGGAAAGUGUUUGGUGGGUUUUUGCUCAGUUGUUUCAAAAAGGUCUUGUUUAUAGAGGCUUCAAGGUUAUGCCUUAUAGUACUGGUUUGAAGACUCCAUUAUCCAAUUUUGAAGCUAAUUCUAAUUACAAGGAAGUAAGUGACCCUGAAAUCAUGGCUUCCUUCCCUAUAGUUGAUGAUCCUGAGGGUGCAUCCUUUGUUGCUUGGACUACAACUCCUUGGACCCUUCCAAGUAAUCUUGCUCUUUGUGUCAACGCCAAUUUUGUAUACGUCAAGGUUCGCAAUAAAUUCAACGGGAAAAUUUAUGUGGUGGCAGAAUCUCGAUUGGCCGAGCUACCAGUUGAGAAGGCGAAAAAGGUCACCCCAGAUGGACCUGCUGCUGCCACUCAAGUUCCAAAUUCUAAGACAAAGCCUUCUGGUGGUAAAUCACAGAAUGUGGAAACUUAUGAGGUGGUGGAUAAAUUCCCUGGGUCGUCCCUUGUGGGGAAGAAGUAUAUUCCACUAUUUGAUUACUUCAAGGAUUUUUCCGACUCAGCAUUUAGAGUCGUCGCAGAUGAUUAUGUGACUUCUGAUAGUGGUACUGGAAUUGUUCAUUGCGCUCCUGCCUUUGGUGAGGACGAUUAUCGUGUUUGUAUUGAAAACCGCAUAAUCAAUAAGGGGGAGAGCCUGAUUGUGGCAGUAGAUGAAAAUGGCUGCUUUACUGAUAGAAUUACUGACUUCAGAAAUAAAUAUGUUAAGGAGGCAGAUAAUGAUAUCACUCAAGCAUUGAAGGAUAAAGGAAGGCUUGUCAAAUCUGGAAAAUUUAUGCAUUCUUACCCUUUCUGCUGGAGAUCUGACACACCUCUGAUUUACAGAGCAGUUCCUAGCUGGUUUGUCAUGGUGGAAAAGAUUAAGGAUCAAUUGCUAGAGAACAAUAAGCAAACUUACUGGGUUCCUGAUUUUGUGAAGGAAAAACGCUUCCACAAUUGGUUAGAAAAUGCAAGAGACUGGGCUGUUAGCCGGAGUAGGUUCUGGGGUACUCCUCUUCCUGUGUGGGUUAGUGAGGAUGGUGAGGAGAUAGUUGUUAUGGACUCCAUUGACAAACUGGAAAAGCUCUCUGGUGCUAAGGUGACGGACUUGCAUCGUCACAACAUUGAUCACAUUACCAUCCCAUCGAGUCGGGGGCCUGAAUUUGGCGUUCUUCGACGUGUGGAGGAUGUAUUUGAUUGCUGGUUUGAGAGUGGCUCAAUGCCUUAUGCUUAUAUCCACUAUCCUUUUGAGAAUGUUGAACUCUUCGAGAACAAUUUCCCGGGUCAUUUUGUGGCAGAAGGUCUCGAUCAAACUCGUGGAUGGUUCUACACCCUUAUGGUCCUUUCUACUGCCCUUUUUGGGAAACCUGCUUUUAGAAACCUCAUUUGUAAUGGUCUUGUCCUGGCUGAGGAUGGGAAGAAGAUGAGUAAACGAUUAAAGAACUAUCCUCAACCAUCAGAAGUUAUCAAUGAUUAUGGAGCUGAUGCAUUGCGUUUAUACCUGAUAAACUCUCCCGUUGUCCGUGCUGAACCUCUGCGAUUCAAGAAAGAAGGAGUUUUUGCUGUGGUGAAAGAUGUUUUCUUGCCAUGGUACAAUGCAUAUAGGUUCCUUGUUCAGAAUGCAAAGAGGCUUGAGGUUGAUGGGUUUGAACCAUUCAUUCCUACCGACCAGAAAACUUUGCAGAGUUCUUCGAAUGUCCUGGACCAAUGGAUAAAUUCUGCAACUCAGAGCUUAGUGCAUUUUGUCCGGCAGGAAAUGGAUGCUUAUAGAUUGUACACGGUGGUUCCGUAUCUCCUAAAAUUUCUUGAUAAUUUAACUAAUAUCUAUGUGCGGUUCAAUCGGAAAAGGCUAAAAGGCCGUACUGGUGAGGAAGACUGCAGAAUUGCUCUUUCAACUCUUUACCAUGUGCUUCUGACUGCAUGUAAAGCUAUGGCACCAUUAACUCCUUUUUUCACUGAGGUUCUGUACCAAAAUUUGCGGAAAGCUUGCGAUGGAUCAGAGGAGAGCAUUCACUAUUGCAGCUAUCCUGAAGUGGAAGGGAAGAGGUGGGAGCGCAUUGAGCAGAGUGUUAGUAGGAUGAUGACACUUAUUGACCUUGCACGAAAUAUUCGUGAGCGUCACAACAAACCUCUUAAAACUCCGCUCAGGGAAAUGGUGGUUGUACAUCCAGAUUCAGAAUUCCUUGAUGACAUCACGGGCAAACUAAGAGAGUAUGUGCUCGAGGAGCUAAACAUUAAAUCUUUGGUCCCAUGCAAUGACACAUUGAAGUAUGCUUCUUUGCGUGCAGAGCCAGAUUUCAGUGUGUUAGGAAAAAGGCUGGGAAAGUCGAUGGGAGUUGUUGCCAAGGAGGUUAAGGCCAUGUCAACAGAAGAUAUUAUUGCUUUUGAGAAAGCGGGAGAAAUUACUAUUGCUUCACACACUUUGAAGCUUACUGAUAUCAAGAUUGUUCGGGGUUUCAAGCGUCCUGAUAAUAGGAAAGAGGAUGAAAUGGACGCGGCAGGGGACGGUGAUGUUUUAGUGAUACUGGAUUUGCGUACUGAUGAUUCACUCUUUGUGGCUGGACUGGCUCGGGAGGUUGUGAAUAGGAUCCAGAAACUGAGAAAGAAAGCCGCUCUUGAACCCACGGACAUGGUAGAGGUCUUCUUCAAGUCUUUGGAUGAUGAUAAAAAAGUCUCUGAGCAGAUUUUGGAGUCUCAGGAAUCAUAUAUUAAAGACGCCAUUGGAUCUCCUUUGCUGCCUGCUGAAAAAAUCCCAUCACAUGCCAUAACUAUUGAUGAAGAGAGUUUUCAUGGAAUCUCUGGCUUGUCCUUUGUGAUCACGUUAGCAAGACCAAGUCUAGCGUUUAAUUCAGAUGCCAUUGCUGCUCUAUAUGGAGGAAACACACAGUAUUCUCAAGGCUUACAAACUUACUUGCUGAUGAGGGAUCAUCAUAAAUUGAAAUCAGAGUUUCAACAAGGAAAGGGCAAGAUAAGGGUCAAGUGCAUUGAGAACCAGCCUCCAGUUGAGGUGGUACUGGGAAAACAUGUCUUCUUGAGUGUUGGAGAUCAUUUCUUGAACUGCAAAUCACAGUGACAGUAGACCAAUACCCUGCCAAUAUAAUUAUUUUCACAAGAGAGAUUUAAGUUAUAGUUCUCCCCAAUUUUUAGAAAUUGUGUAUUUGUACCUUUGCCGGCACAUUUUUAUUGUAAUCGGUCUAUAUUGUAAUUGUCAUAUGGGAAUUUUUGCCUGGGAGUGAUAUAUACGUGAAUAGCAAUUUUGAUUAA